UCGGAUAGAACCAAACGUCCACGCCCCGGACUCUCGCUCACUCCCCGUCCCACGGGAGGAGGAUGAGAUAGCCCCACGACUUACUAUAAGAAGGCCCGAUCAGCCGACCCAGUCUCCCAACAGUGAGUACACGCCAACGGACUGUGACACCACCGCAGUCACCGCCCGGAGCAGAGAAGGCAGGGAGGGAUCGAUCGCGGAGGAUGGUGGCCCGGGGAAGCGGCGCGGAGGAGGCGCCGCCGCCGACGCAGCAGCGCCUCGUCUUCGCCUACUACAUCACCGGCCACGGCUUCGGCCACGCCACCCGCGCCCUCGAGGUGGUGAGGCACCUGAUCGGCGCGGGGCACGAGGUGCACGUGGUCACCGCCGCGCCGGAGUUCGUCUUCACCACCGAGAUCGACUCCCCCAGCCUCCACAUCCGCAGGGUCCUGCUCGACUGCGGCGCCGUGCAGGCCGACGCGCUCACCGUCGACCGACUCGCAUCCCUCGAGAAGUACCAUCAGACGGCCGUGGUGCCCCGCGAGGCGAUACUCAGGACUGAAGUGGAGUGGCUCCACUCAAUCAAGGCCGACUUAGUGGUUUCGGAUGUUGUCCCGGUGGCGUGCAGGGCGGCUGCAGAUGCUGGCAUUCGCUCCGUGUGUGUCACGAAUUUCAGUUGGGACUUCAUUUAUGCAGAGUACGUUGUAGCAGCUGGAAAUCAUCAUCGCUCAAUUGUGUGGCAGAUAGCAGAGGAUUACUCACAUUGUGAGUUCUUACUACGACUCCCUGGAUACUGCCCUAUGCCUGCUUUCCGUGACGUUAUUGAUGUGCCUCUUGUGGUGAGAAGAUUACACAAAUCUCGAUCCGAGGUGAGAAAGGAACUAGGGAUUGCAGAGGAUGUUAAGGUGGUCAUUUUCAACUUUGGAGGACAGCCGGCAGGAUGGAAACUGAAGAAAGAGUGGUUGCCUGAUGGUUGGCUUUGUUUGGUAUGUGGUGCAUCUGAUACUCAAGAGCUUCCUCCAAAUUAUGUCAAGCUCGCAAAGGAUGCGUACACACCUGAUUUAAUGGCAGCAUCUGACUGCAUGCUUGGGAAAAUUGGAUAUGGUACCGUGAGUGAGGCUUUGGCGUACAAGCUGCCAUUUGUAUUUGUCCGUAGAGAUUAUUUCAAUGAAGAGCCUUUUCUGCGGAAUAUGCUUGAGCAUUAUCAAUGUGGCAUUGAGAUGAUACGGAGGGAUUUACUUACUGGACAUUGGAAACCUUAUCUGCUACGCGCUUUAACACUUAAGCCCUGCUAUGAUCGUCCAAUAAAUGGUGGCGAGGUGGCUGCACAUAUCCUCCAGGAUACUGCUGUCGGGAAGAAGUAUAUUUCCGGCAAGUUGAGUGGGGCAAGACGAUUACGUGAUGCCAUAGUGCUAGGAUACCAACUACAGAGGGCUCCCGGGAGAGAUGUAGGAAUCCCUGAAUGGUAUUCUCUCUCCGAGAAAGAAAUCGGUGUUCGCCCAGCACCCGCGUCUCGUCGGAUUAAUGGAAGUGCAGAAUCAUCUUUUGAGGACUUCGAGAUUCUCCAUGGAGACAUGCAAGGAUUAACCGAUACUAUGGCUUUCCUGACAAGUUUAUCUGGGCUUGUUGGAAACGAUCCGAGGAUCCCUGAGAAGCAAUCCCGAGAAAGGACUGCUGCUUCUGUACUCUUUGACUUGGAGGAGGAUAUAUAUGUUGCAAGAGCACCUGGACGAUUGGAUGUCAUGGGUGGCAUUGCAGAUUAUUCAGGAAGUCUUGUACUACAGAUGCCCAUUCGAGAGGCCUGUCAUGUUGCUAUUCAGAGAAGCGAUCCUGUCAAGCAGAAGCUAUGGAAGCAUACUCAGGCUAGGCAGCUAGCAAAUGGAGCAGUGCCGAUUUUGCAAAUUGUAUCAUUUGGCUCUGAAUUGAGUAACAGGGCACCAACAUUCGAUAUGGACCUGUCUGAUUUUAUGGAUGGUGACAAACCAAUAUCGUAUGAAAAGGCCAAAGAAUAUUUCUCCCAGGAUCCAUCUCAAAAAUGGGCUGCCUAUGUUGCUGGAACAGUUCUUGUGUUGAUGACUGAACUAGGUGUUCAAUUCACAGACAGCAUGAGCAUUUUGGUUUCUUCUUCUGUUCCUGAAGGCAAAGGUGUCUCAUCUUCUGCAUCAGUGGAGGUUGCUACAAUGUCUGCUAUUGCCGCAGUCUAUGGUUUAAAUAUUGCUCCAAGGGAUCUUGCUAUACUCUGUCAAAAGGUUGAGAAUCACAUUGUUGGAGCUCCUUGUGGUGUAAUGGACCAAAUGACAUCUGCUUGCGGAGAAGCCAACAAACUUCUGGCUAUGGUUUGCCAGCCUGCUGAAGUGAAAGAAUUGGUCAGCAUUCCAACUCAUAUACGAUUUUGGGGUCUGGACUCUGGGAUACGACAUAGUGUUGGUGGGACUGAUUAUGGAUCUGUGAGGGUAGGCACAUAUAUGGGACGCAAGAUGAUUAAGUGUGCUGCAUCUGACCUAAUUUCUCAAUCCUUUCCGUCUGCUCCUACGCAAUCGUGCGACGCUUCUGAAGAAUAUGAAAAAUAUGGUGUGGAUCUUCUGAAAUCUGAAGCUUCACUGCAGUAUCUAUGCAACCUACCACCUCAUAGAUAUGAAGCUGCCUAUGCAAGAGAUAUUCCUGAGUUCAUUACUGGGGAUGAAUUUAAGGAGAAAUAUGGAGAUCACAACGAUGCAGUAACAGUUAUUGACCCAAAAAGAUCUUACAGUGUGAAGGCUCCUACUAGACAUCCCAUAUACGAGAACUUCCGUGUUGAGGCCUUCAAAGCAUUGUUAACAGCAGCCAAAACAGAUGAGCAACUUUCAGCCCUUGGAGAACUUAUGUAUCAGUGCCAUUACAGCUACAAUGCUUGCGGGCUUGGUUCUGAUGGGACUGAUAGGCUGGUGAAUCUAGUACAAGAAAUCCAGCACAGGAAGACCACCUCGCAACAUGAAGGCCCGAGUCUAUUUGGUGCAAAGAUCACUGGUGGAGGUUCUGGUGGUUCAGUUUGUGUUAUUGGGAAAAAUGGCCUGAAAAGUAGUGAAGAGAUUUUCGAGAUCCAGAAAAGAUACAAAGCAGCCACCGGUUACCUACCAAUUGUCUUCGAGGGUUCGUCUCCCGGCGCGGGCAAAUUCGGGUACCUGAAGAUCCGAUGGCGGUCGGCAUAAGUACCGCCUGACUUCCAACAUUCGUCAAGACAAGAACAUCGAUACAAGUUGUUCAUAUCGAACAACAUGGCACUUCAUUCCACCAGUAGAUUAAACAUAGUAGUGUAGUAGUGGUACAUAAUAAUGUCAACAAUCUGGUGCAAACUUGCAGAGCAAGUGCCGCUGUUGAAUCUGUAAAGGAUGCUUCUGAUCAAAUCCAGUUUGUCACUAGGCAAAUUAGAUACGAACAUGUGAUUGGUCCUGGAACUUUGUAGGUUGUUCUGCCCAUGGCUACGCGCAGAUAUUGCCGAAUAAAAAUGCCAAGAUUGCAAGCA